AUGGCCGCCGCCGCUACCGAGCGCUUCAUACACCUCGCGCGUCCUUUGACGCAUACCAAUGCUGGGCUUCAGUCGAGCAUUGCCCCGCUUACCGUCAACAUCCAGCCUCAGGCUGUCUUUUCUGUUCUCGAUCAUGCCGUCCGACGAGACUCCCGCGAAAAUGCCCAGUCCACCCGCGUAAUCGGUGCCCUCGUCGGCACCCGCUCCGAAGAUGGCACCGAGGUUGAAGUCCGUUCCUGCUUCGCCAUCCCCCACACCGAGGAAGAGGACCAAGUCGAAGUCGACGUCGAAUACCAGAAGAACAUGCUCGCCCUGACCCUUAAGGCCGCUCCCAGGGAGACCCUUCUCGGCUGGUACACCACGUCCCCCGAGCUGAACAGCUUCAGCGCCUUGAUCCAAAACUUCUUUGCCAGCGCUGAGACCGGCACGGCCCCCCAUCCCGCCGUCCACAUGACCAUUUCCACCGAACCCGGCCAGGACAUCCAGACCAGAUGCUACAUCAGCGCCCCUGUGGCUGUCAACGCCGAGCGCGCCGCCGAAAGCUGCCUCUUCAUCCAGGUGCCUCACAAGAUUCUCUACGGCGACUCCGAGCGUGUUGCCCUCGAGGCUGUCGCCAGCGCGCAGAACAACGAAAACAGAACCGCACCCCUCGUCUCAGAUAUCGAGAGCCUCGGACGAUCCAUCGAGCAGACGCUGAACCUGUUGGACCGCGUGAGCGAGUGGAUCAACGGCGUCCUGGACGAGGAGGAGGAACCUAACAACGCUCUUGGCCAGUACCUGAUGAGCGCUCUGUCUCUGACCCCCAAGGUGGACGCUUCCCAGAUUGAGCACGACUUCAACAACCAUAUCCAGGAUGUUCUCAUGGUCAGCUACCUGGCCAACACUAUCCGCACACAGAUUGAUCUCUCGCAGCGUCUGGCAGUUGCCAACCUAGUCAGCAGCGAGAAGGACGGCGAAGCGAAGGGCGACGGCGAAAAGGGAGGUCAGCGUGGAAACAAGCGGGGUGGUCGUGGUGGUGGUAGAGGCGGUGGCCAGCAGCGAGAGCCUCGGGAACCCAGAGAGCCCAGAGAACCAAGAGAGCCACGUGAGCCAAGGGAACCUGCGGAAUAA